UUUGUGCGGUGCUCUGGAGUGUUUGGAAUAAUUGGAGUUCAGAAACCGGCAUCCCACCGAAAAUGAAGCGCAAAUCCGAGGGAGGCAACAAGCAGCCUUUUCGGCGGCCAAAAGUCGAGCUAGUGUUCGACCCCCAGAAACGGGCCGAGUUCCUGGGAGGAUUUCAUAAACGAAAGUUGCACCGUCGCAAAAUUGCACAGGGAGAGAUGCAGCGCAAGUUGAAGGAGGAAACGCGACGCAUCCGGGCGGAAGCGAAGGAAAACCUGCGCAAGCUGUACCAAUCGCAAAAACCCAUCCCGGAGCUGGCCGACCAGGAGGAGAAGGAGGAGGAAGAGGACGAGUACGAUACGGAGAACGUGACGGUAAAGGUGGUGGAACUGUCCACCAGUGUGCUCGCGAAGGAGAACCAUUGGAUUGGCGAAAACCGUGCCCCGAAGGAUGAUGCCGAAGACGAUGAGGAGCAGCAGAACGAACAGAGUGACGACGAUGACGGCAACCGAUUGGGAGUGGUGCCGGGCAUGGAGCUCGAGGGUGAGCAGAAAGUUCGCCGAAAAUUAAAACCGUUCACCGAACGGGCAGAAGAAGCGAAUGGAGAAGGUGAGCCCAGCUGCUCGCAAACGGCCACGAAACAGGAGAAACCCAAACAAAAGAAAGGACCGGUGCUCAACCUCGAAGGCAUACGGUCGAAGAAGGAACUGAACCACAAACUGAAACGGUACGCACUGAAAUCGAUGAAGAAAAGCCAGGUGUUCCGGCAGAAGAAUCGAAUCCAGAAACAGAAACAGCUCAAGGAAUCGCGACGCGUUCGCCACUUUAAGGAGAAGCAUCUGAAGCAAAAGAAGGGCAAUCGCCGUUCGGACGGUGGUCGUGAGCCAACCAGACGAAGGCGGGGCGAUGAUUGAUGGGAAUGAUGUGAAGGGCUUGUUUGGAGUAACACAAUAAAAAGGAAACAUUUCCGAGCGGAAU